AUGUCAAACUUGCCCGAGCCUCCACCGUCGACUGAGAAGCUGACUGUCAAGAAAGUGUUGGGAGUCAUCCGUGCUGGUAUCGUUCUCCUUUCGAAUGCCAUCAAUAGCUUCUGCGUAGCAGUCAUUUUUAUCUAUCUUGGCUCAACCAUUCCAGUACUGAAGCCAUAUGCCACUUAUGUCGCUUUCUACAUGCUCGGGGCGAGAACCAUAUUUCUCGCAUGUCACCAAAGCACGCCGGAAGCAGUAUUUCAGAGUGGGGCUCCGAAAGCGGAAGAAUACUGCCGCGAAGCCUUGAGUCCAAGCAAUGGAAAACUAGGCAGAGCGGGAAGAAUAUAUUUCGGAAGGGUGUCAACAAAGAAGGGCACCAGAGGCGAGAAUAUGACAGUGGGCAAUAAUGACAGUCAGCCUGAAUCAAAUGAGGUUCCUCCGGCAGGAAAACUUAUGAGCGCUCGGGCCAUUCAUCAGGGCGCGCGCAUUAUUUUAAAUCGUAAACAAACUGGGAUCUUGAAAGCUACUUCUACUGCUCCAAUGGAUCUGUCAGGGCUGAUAGUUAAGCUUGUAGCGGCUGGCAUGAAGAUCCGGAAUUUUUCAAAAGAGUCGCUACAGAUUUUAUACGCCAACGCGUUAGGAAAUAUUAGAAGAGAGUAUGAGUUCACAGUUUUGGGCGUUGACUGA